CACAUUUGUACAGUUAUGCCGAAAAUUGAAAUACCAACGCCUUGGACUCCCAAUACCAUCGCACCUGUAAAGAUAUAUGGCGAUAUUGGCAACCCCUUGCAGGUCAAGCUACUCAACAACGAGGGAGUAGAUCUCCCUUCUCGAUCAUUACAUAAGCAACCAAGCAUCGAUCUCUAUUCACGAACAUUGCAUCGCCAACCCAGUGAAAAGCUUCUCCAACAAAGGCAUCGAUGUCUUCAGGUUUCUGAGCAUGAUGUUCCGUCAGAGAAAGCAACCAAUUUAACCCUGGCCAAUAAAAAGAAUCCACAAAUGAGUAUAAAACCGCCACAACGCCUUCCUGAGCAACAGCAGCAUAUAGUGUGCCCGAGCCCCAAGACACCAAAUUUAAAUGCUGUAUUUUUACAACAAGACCUUGCUGAGAAACCCACCAUGGAGCUCACUCAAACUGAUCACAUAAAAUCCUUGCUCGAUACUAGCAGAGAUAGCAGUCGAUCAAUAUUAGGAAGAAAUUUUUCUAAAUGUACAGACCCCCAUUCUAUGUAUCCCUUACCCACUGAUCAAGCAGAGCUGGCCCGGCUUGACAACGAACAUGAGCUUAUGAAAGAGCUAUUCAAUUGCAUUUAUCGCUCUCCCAUCGAAACCUUGUUGAUGAAAGGCAUCAAGGUGCUAGAUGUUGGUUGCGGCUCAGGCAGCUGGUGCAUUGAAAUGGCCCAAAAAUACAAGCGCUCUCACUUUACUGGCAUUGACGUUUCUUUGAAAAAGGAUGCUUCCAUUUCUCCCAACCUCACCAUGCUCAAGGUCGAUAUGACGAGCGCUCUUCCAUUUGCCAAUGAAACAUUUGAUUAUGUUUUUUGCCGUAACCUCUCCCUUGCUAUCCCCUUCGACGAUUGGGAUAGGACCAUUGGAGAUAUCACUCGUGUAGCCAAGUACAAUGCCUACCUUGAGUUCAUGGAAGCUGAUUGGGAAAUAAAGCGCUCUGGUCCGGCUUUGAAACGCUGGAAUACUUUCGCUAUUGCUGCCUUACGCAACCGCCAAUAUAAUCCACGCAUUGGUAGAAACUUGGAUGUCUUCCUAAGGUCUCAUCUUUCCGACAUCAAUAACACCUAUUUAUCCAUGCCGGUUGGGGUAUGGUCAGAUACCAAGCUUGGAUUAAAAGCUCAGCAAUAUUGGAUUGAAACUAUGGCGUCGCUUAAACCUAUUAUUUUGGGCAGCACGGACCCCAAGACGAUUGGUUUUGCUACUUACGAGCGGUUGGUUAGCCUUGUACAAAAGGAAAUGGCCAAGUCACAAUGUUACUGCAACUAUUACGCUUACUAUGGCCGCAAAGCCGAGGAAGUACCGAUUUACCUUGAAAAACGUUCCAGUCAUAAGAAGAACCGAUCACAAAGCUCGAAUAGGACGUUCUCAGCUUCAUCAUCUCCACCUUCAGAUUGCAGUGACACCACUGACUCGUCCGCAUCACUUUCAGUGUGAGCCACCAUUUUUGCAAACCACCCGUUCCACUGACGGAACCACAGUAUACACAUGUAUAUCCCCCGGGGGAAAAUGACUACCCCAUCGUAAAAUGUAUCUAGCAAACUGUACAUGAUUUUUUUAUUUAUUAUUGGCUUGCAUCCA